UUCAUAUUAUCUUCGGCUAUAUUAUAGCUUUCUCGGGUGCGCACAUAUACUCUCUCUCUCUAUUCAUUUCUCUCUCUUUCUAUCUCUUUAUCUCGUGCGCGUGCGGUAUCUCUUUUUCUCUCUCUCUCUCUCUCUCUCUCGUUUUUAUACACGCCUCCCUACCGCAACGCGAUUAUUAAACUCCGUCGCGAGUUGUCUAGUCAGUUCUUUUAUUUCGAAGGAGCUCGUCGUUACCCCGCCCUCUGUUUCUCUCUCUCUCUCUCUCUCUUUCUCUAUCUUUCUCUAUCUAUCUUUCUCUCUAUUUAUCUGUCUCGUUCUUUCUUCGCCCGACGAUCGAAGAAUUAACCGAAAUCGUCGUCUAACACCGCCGAUCGUGAUAUUUAUUUAAGUAUUAUUGUACAAAGACUAUAAAAACUACAUAGCCGACACAAUGUCCGUAGACAAAGAGGAAUUGGUGCAGCGCGCGAAGCUCGCCGAACAGGCGGAGAGGUACGAUGACAUGGCAGCCGCAAUGAAAUCCGUCACCGAGACGGGAGUUGAGCUGUCGAAUGAGGAAAGGAACCUCCUCUCAGUGGCGUAUAAGAAUGUCGUUGGCGCGAGACGUAGCUCGUGGCGAGUAAUCUCAUCUAUUGAGCAAAAGACCGAAGGCUCCGAACGCAAACAACAGAUGGCGAAGGAGUAUCGGGAAAAGGUGGAGAAAGAACUACGUGAAAUUUGCUACGAUGUUCUGGGUCUUUUAGACAAGUACCUGAUCCCUAAAGCUAGCAACGCCGAAAGCAAAGUAUUCUACCUCAAGAUGAAGGGUGAUUAUUACAGGUAUCUCGCAGAAGUUGCCACUGGUGAAACCAGGAACGCUGUGGUAGAUGAUAGCCAGAAGGCGUACCAGGAAGCGUUCGAUAUCAGCAAGUCAAAGAUGCAACCCACCCAUCCGAUCAGGCUAGGUCUAGCUCUAAAUUUCUCGGUCUUCUAUUACGAGAUCCUCAACUCACCAGAUAAGGCCUGUCAGCUGGCCAAACAGGCAUUUGACGAUGCGAUCGCGGAACUGGACACAUUAAAUGAGGACAGCUACAAAGACUCCACGCUGAUUAUGCAGUUGCUGCGUGACAACCUUACUCUUUGGACCAGUGACACGCAGGGCGACGGGGACGAACCACAGGAGGGCGGCGACAACUAACCUUCCUAAGCUUAAGUCCUUUCUAAUCUAAUAAGAGCAUCCUAUUCUCUAUCGUCUCCCCCGUCCCUUGAAGUGCUCACCCAUCUCCAUCCACCCCGUAUCUCCAUCCAUCCAUCCAUUCAUUCACACCUGUUUUCUUUUCGUCCUCGCGUUUCCUUCUACCUUCCUUCCCUCAACCUUUGUUCCCUAUCCAUCACUCCUACCCUCCUCAUCCAACAUCCCUUAUACUGUCCGUAUAUCUCCUACGCCCUCUUCUAUCUUCCCUCCUUUUGCCACACUUUCGAAACAAUGCUCCAAAUCCUUUUUUUCUCUUCUCUACGAUAACUAAAAAAUCUCCUUGUCUAAUGUCCCGCCAACAACAACAACAACAGCAACAACAUCAACAUCACAUCCGCACAUCAUAAUAAUGUUGCCGAUGCCGUCGCCACAGCUAUACUACAUUCGGCUCGAUAAUAGCUCCGAACGCAAUGCCUCUCUUCUAUAUCAUCGAUUUAAAAAAAGGGGAGAAACAAAAAAAGAAAAGAAAGAAAGAAAUGAUUCUCGACCAUGUCCUUUCGUCUAAGUGAAAUACAACACAUCGCAUACUUCCUCCUCCUCAAUAUGUUGCUCUCUCUUUAUCUCUCUCUCUCUCUCUCUCUCUCUCUCUUUCUUUCUUUCUCUCUCUCUUUCUCUCUUUCUCUCUUUCUCAUAUACACACAAUGCUACAUCUCUCUAUUAUCACUAUAUCCAUAUGCGGGACAAUGAAACAUUGUUAUAUAUAAUUGGGAAAGAAGAGCGAUAUGAGAGAGAGAGAGAGAGAGAGAGAGAGAGAGAGAGAGAGAGAGAGAAAAAGAGAAAGAGAACAGAUGGUCGAAAGAUAUAUAAAAGUGGGCAAAUGUGUUGAACGAGCAAUGAACGAACGAACGAACGAGAGAAAGAAAGAAAAAAAGAAAGAAAGAAAGAAAGAAAAAGUGAGAGAAAGAAAGGAAAGCGAACGACUGCGAAUGAAUGAACGUAUGAGUGAAUGAAAGUAUGUAAUAAUGAAUGUAAUAAUGAAUGAGAGAGAAAGAGGAAGUAUGUAAUAGUAAGCCAGCUCCCCUCUCCUACUCUCACGGUUGGGGGCUCACGGCGUUGUACGAGCAUAUAACGUUUGUUUGUUGGUAUCGUUGUGUUUCGCGACGAAAAGAAAUGGUACGAAAAAAAAUGGAAUGUCAUUAAAAUGGAUCCUCUUGGGGGUUUUUGGCACGAAGUCUCUCAAAAGUGUUUAACCACACUACAUCCCCGUAUAAUAUUUAUCUGAACGAAGGAAAACAGGAAGCGGUAAAAUUGUGAAUGAUGAAACGCAAAAAGAAAUGAGUUAAUAAUAACAAUGAUAAAUAAAAGA